CCGCUGCCAGGUCGCUUUGGCGUAAUGCAGAUCGACCCCGUCGCGAUGGUGGAGCACCUGGAGGACGAGGACGCGUUGGCACCCGCUAAGGCGAUCCAGACAAAGAGGUACAUCGGGUAUCUUCGUGAUACCAUAGAGCUUCCGUGGCCUCAACGACCGUGGUAUGGAUACAAUGUCUUGCCUAUCGCGACCACACUUCGCCCAGAGGACCCGGAGAGGGCUAUUUCUGCCGAGAUGUGCAUCCCCAUCGCCCCAAACACCAACCACCCCACGAACCGCCCGUCGCUUCCCACAGAGCCGUCCUUUCCAUUCUCGAAUUGCUAUUACUGGGUCGAAUCGCAUACAAAUGUGCGGAUU